AUGUGGCAGCUUAAAUUGGCAAGUCCUUGGUUUAAAAAGUUGAGCAACAGCUGCUCUAAUAAUUUAAUUCCAGGCAAGCGUUUUACUCACUUUGAGCAGUUGGGACACUUGGAGCAGUUGGGACACUUUGAUCAGCUGCAGCACUUGGAAGCGCCAGUGCAUGUGCCCGAUCAUUUGGACUAUGCAGCUCAGGAAACUUAUUUGCCACCAGCGCCAGCUCCUUUGCCACUGCCCGAGCCUGCGCCGCUUUGGUCAGCAGCCGCUCCGCCGCCACAAUUUGUUCACGCUCCUGCUCCUCAGCCACAAUUUGUUCACGCUCAUGUUCCAGAGCCGCAAUUUGUUCCCGCUCCUGCGCCACAAUUUGUUUCCGCUCCUGCUCCACAAUUUGUUCACACCCCAGUGGCUGCUCCUGUUCAUUUUGCGCCCGCUCCUGCGCCACUGCUGCCCGCUGCUCCUGCAUUUUUACCACCAGCAGCUGCUCCCUUACCCUGCCUGCCACCUGCUCCAGUUUCAGUUCCAGUACACACGCACAUUCUGCCAGUCGCUGAGCUGCAUCUGCCCACAGUCACGCAAGUGCUGCCGCCCAUACUCGAAGCCAGACCCAUUGCUUCCAGCUAUCGCGCCAUUCCCGGCCCCAAGCGCACCACCCACAGCGUGCGCGUGGGUUACGCCUAUCCCAAGCUGCUAGCUGCCCCACAUGCGCAUCUGCGUGCGCUGCCACUGAAGCUGGGCCAUCAUCAUCAUCAUCAUCAUCAUUCGCUCUUUUAA